AUGCCUAGAGAACGACGUGCGAACAUCGGCCGCCGCACAAGACAUGCAAGCCAGCAACAAGUCUAUUCAAGGAACUUAAGAGAAGAAAGACAAAAUAUAAUAAGAGAAAAUGACCGAUUGAGACAUCGCGUGAGCACACGAAGAUCAUUGGCAUCAUACAAUCGCUUGGCAUUCCAAUAUGAUCCCACUGCGAACUACAGUGAUGAUGAAAAUUUGGAUAUUGGACGAAUGACGACUAUAUGCCGAUAUUGCAAUGCGGUAAAGUUCAAAAGAGAAACGGUUGGAUUGUGCUGCGCAAGUGGAAAAGUCAAACUGGAUCCAUUACUUACACCACCACAGCCACUGAAAACAUUGUUUGAUGGAAGUGAUCCCGAUUCCAGCCAUUUUCUUCAACACAUCCUUGAAUACAAUAACUGCUUUCGCAUGACUUCCUUUGGAGCUAAUAUCAUUCGAGAAGGCGGCUUCAUGCCGACUUGCAAGAUACAAGGUCAAAUAUAUCAUUUGCAUGGUUCAAUGGUGCCAACACCAGAUGAACCGCAUCAAUUUCUGCAAAUAUAUUUCAUUUCGUCGAUGGUGGAUCAGCUGAACGUGCGGUGCAAUAUACAGGGAGCACAACAGUUAAAGAGACGAAUUAUUGAACAGUUGCAAGCAUUUUUUCACGCUAAUAAUGCUGUGAUAUUCAAUGCACCCACCGUUAAUGAUGUUGCUGCAAUUAUUGUUGGCGAUCCAACUAAAUCACGAGACAUUGUCGUUCAGCGAAGAAGCAAUAUCAUGCAUCGUGUAAACGAGACACAUCGUUUGUACGAUGCGUUACAAUAUCCAAUCAUUUAUUGGCAAGGGCAAGACGGAUACGACAUCACGUUGAAGAUGGUCGAUCCAAUUACAGGAGUAUCAACGAAUAAUAAAAAUCUAAGCGCAAUGAAUUACUAUGCGUAUCGUAUGAUGAUUCGUACACAUGAGGAGAAUGUCAUUCUGAAGUGCGGUCGGCUAUUCCAGCAAUUCGCUGUCGACAUGUAUGUCAAAGUCGAGACCGAACGUUUAGCGUUCAUCAGAUUCAAUCAGCCAAAGCUACGAUCUGAGGACUAUAUACACUUGCGUGAUGCUAUUCAUUCAGAUGGUGAUGUUCAGAAUAUUGGACGACUGACGAUUCUCCCAUCAACUUAUAUCGGAAGCCCACGCCACAUGCACGAAUACGCUCAAGACGCUAUGACGUACGUGCGAAAUUAUGGAACUCCGGAUUUAUUUAUUACGGUCACAUGCAAUCCGAAGUGGACGGAAAUUGAACGCGAGUUGGAACCGGGUCAAAAACCGCAAGAUCGCCAUGACAUAAUCGCCAGAGUAUUUCAGCAAAAACUCAAGGUUAUGAUGGAUGUGCUUACUAAGUAUCGAGUUUUUGGUGACACACGUUGUUAUAUGUACUCGGUGGAAUGGCAGAAGCGUGGACUACCGCAUGCUCAUAUCCUAAUUUGGUUGCUGAACAAAUUACAUUCAAAUGAAGUGGAUGACAUCAUAUCAGCUGAAAUUCCUGAUCCAGUCACUGAUCCCCGUCUACACGACAUUGUGACGACACAGAUGGUGCAUGGACCGUGCGGUGCAUUAAAUCCAUUAUCGCCUUGCAUGGCUGAUGGAAAGUGCACAAAACGAUAUCCGCGACCGUUAGUUGCUGAAACAGUCACAGGGAACGAUGGAUAUCCAGUUUAUCGUCGGCGUUCAAAAGAAGAUAACGGUCGAACUAUCAAAGUUAAAGUUCAAAAUCAAGAGAUUGAGAUCGGAAAUGAAUUCAUUGUACCAUAUUGCCCGCUGCUAUCACGAAUUUUCGAAACACAUGCAAACGUUGAGAGUUGUCAUUCGGCCAAAUCAAUCAAAUAUUUGUGCAAGUACGUCACAAAAGGCAGCGACAUGGCUGUGUUUGGUAUUGCGUCGGAAAAUGUGAAUGACGAAAUCAGCAACUUCCAAAUAGGCAGAUACGUCAGUACUAAUGAAGCACUGUGGCGAUUAUUGUCAUUUCAAAUUCAUGAAAGAUAUCCCACAGUUGUACAUUUAGCAGUGCAUUUGGAAAAUGGCCAAAGAGUUUACUUCACUGAGGCUAAUGCGGCACAACGAGCUGAGAGACCACCAUCGACAACAUUGACUAGCUUCUUUGCAAUGUGUGAAGCAGAUCCAUUCGCAGCGACGCUGAUGUACGUUGAAAUGCCCAAGUAUUACACUUGGAAUCAAUCAACAAAGAAAUUCCAACGUCGCAAACAAGGAACCCCAGUUCCAGACUGGCCACAGGUGUUUUCAACUGAUGCACUAGGUCUAAAUGUACGUGGACCGAAAUCAUUUGCGCAUUUGAAAACUGUGAAUGGCCACCAAUGCCAAACAUAUCGAGAAGCAUGUCAACUAUUGGGUUUGCUGGAGAACGAUUCUCAUUGGGAUUUAACACUUGCAGAUUCAGUUGUUUCAUCAAAUGCGUACCAAAUACGAACGCUGUUCGCAAUUAUCAUCACCACAUGUUUUCCUUCACAACCAAUUCAGUUAUGGAACAAAUACAAAGACGCCAUAUGUGAAGAUAUCUUGCAUCGCUUGCGUAUUCAAACGAAUAAUCCUGACAUACAAAUAACCGAUGAAAUCUACAAUGAAGGAUUGAUUCUGAUUGAGGAUCAAUGCUUGACUAUUGCAAACAAGCUACUGAUUGAAGUAGGAAUGAUUGCGCCAAAUCGAUCGAUGCACGAUGCAUUCAACCAAGAAUUAAAUCGAGAGCUGCAAUACAAUGUUGAUACAUUGCAGGAAUUCGUUAGAAAUAAUGUUCCGUUGCUGAAUGAACAGCAAAAACAAGUAUACAAAACAUUAAUGCAAGCGGUGGACAAUAAUACUGGUGGUCUAUUCUUCCUGGAUGCACCUGGAGGAACAGGGAAAACAUUUGUCAUUUCAUUGAUUUUGGCCACUAUUCGAUCAAGAUGUGACAUAGCUUUGGCGUUAGCAUCAUCUGAAAUUGCGGCGACUCUUCUAGAUGGCGGUCGUACUGCACAUUCUGCGCUUAAGUUGCCACUCAAUUUAAACACAAUUGAUACUCCAACGUGCAAUAUUUCCCGAUCCAGUGCAAUGGGAAAAUUGUUAAUGCAAUGCAAGCUCAUUGUUUGGGAUGAGUGCACAAUGGCACAUAAGAAAUCACUUGAAGCACUUAACUUCACACUGAAGGAUCUUCGGAGAAAUAACAACAUCUUUGGCGGCUUGAUGAUAUUGUUGGCAGGCGAUUUCAGGCAGACGUUGCCAGUAGUUCCCCGUGGAACGCCUGCAGAUGAAUUGAAUGCUUGCCUAAAGGCAUCACCUUUAUGGAAUAACGUAAAAACAUUAUCGCUAACCACUAAUAUGAGAGUUCAACUUCAAAAUGAUCAAAGUGCUGCACAAUUUUCCAAACAAUUGUUAGAUCUUGGAAAUGGAAAAGUCCCAGUUGAUGCGACAUCUGGAUUAAUUACUCUUACCAACGACUUUUGCCGAUUUGUAGACACUCAAUUAGUUCUUAUUGAAAAUGUUUUCCCAAACAUUAGUGAGAAUUAUAAGAAUUAUGCUUGGUUAAGUCAACGAGCAAUUCUUGCAGCAAAGAAUAAUGAUGUCCACGCACUGAAUUUCACCAUUCAAUCAAAAAUUGCUGGCGAUUUGGUGACAUACAAAUCCGUUGAUUCAAUAACAAAUCCCGAUGAUGUAGUAAAUUAUCCAACGGAGUUUUUGAACUCUCUGGAGAUACCAGGAUUUCCACCACAUAACUUGCAACUGAAAGUUGGUACAGUUAUUUUGAUACUGCGUAAUUUGAAUCCACCGCGACUUUGCAACGGUACUCGACUUUCGGUAAAGAGACUUAUGCCGAAUUUAAUUGAGGCAACCAUUAUUAACGGAAAGUACGCAGGUGAAAAUGUAUGUAUUCCUCGAAUACCAAUGAUUCCGACUGAUCUUCCGUUUGACUUCAAACGAUUGCAAUUCCCAGUUCGCCUUGCGUUCGCAAUGACAAUUAAUAAGUCGCAAGGCCAAUCGCUUAGUGUUUGCGGGAUAAAUUUGGAAAAUCAUUGUUUUUCACAUGGACAGUUAUACGUUGCGUGUUCACGAGUUGGGAAACCAUCCGCUUUGUUUGUGUUAACGUCAGACCAAAAAACAAAAAAUGUGGUUUACCAAAGAGCACUACAAUGA